CAAACAGGCGAACAUGCGAUAGUACCAUCGAGCGCAGCACUAGGCAAUGUUGCUCAGCCCUAAUAUUUUCUGCAGUUGCGGCGGCAUCGUUUGUGACAAAAGAAUUUCUGCUUAAAAAGAGUCGCACGCUAAUAUCAAUAAAUUUAAUAGAACUCAAUAAGGAACAGGUAAAAGCUUUAACCAAGCGCCAGCAAUAUUGCAAACCAAGCUGCAAACUUUUAACGGCGGGCCACGCAGGAAAAGCAAAGAGGGAGAAAUUGACGAAAGCAAUCGACGGCGCACACACACGCACAUAAAACACAGAGGCACGUUCACGCAUACAACUUUACACGAAGCCGGAGCCGGAGCCUGCUGAUAGAUUUUUUUUUUAUUAUUUGGCCUGGACACGCCGACUAGCGACAGAGGAAGUGAUAGGGAAAGGAGGAGCGACGCCUGCAACUGCGGCAAUUGCGUUUAGACAAUCAAGGCGAACACCGGCGAGAAGCAGCCCGCAGCGCUGUUUGAGUUAUGGGCGUCAGCAUGGAGUCGGAAGACACAGGCGGCAGCUCCAGAUCGUCGUCUGAAUCGCCGUCAAACUCGCGCCCAUCGACGCCCACAAAGAUAACAGCCGACGAUGAGGACUCCACGAUGAAAUCCAGUCCAGGCGGCGGGCAGGGCGACGGCGACGGCGACCUCAGUGGCGAUGGUGAAGGCGAUGGCGAUGGCGAUGCCAGUGAAGCUGCCGGUGGCGAUGGCGAGGUUAGUGGCGAUGGCAGCGCCGAUGGCGAUGGCGAUGGAAAUGCUCGGGGCGAUGGCAAUGCCAAGGUCGGUGGCAAUGCUGACAAUGCUGCUGCCAAGGGCGGUGCCAAGAAGGCCGUGCGCACGCGCUCCAACAGCAACUCGUCCGGGUCCAGCUCCAGAUCCAGUCGCAGCCGUCAGCGGCGCACCAAGCGAAAGAAGAAGAGUCCGGGCAAAAGCAGCAGCAGCAGCAGCAGCUCCAGUAGCAGCAGCAGCAGCAGCAGUAGCAGCAGCUCCAGCAGCAGCAGCUCCAGCUCCGACGACGACGACGAUAAAGCAAAAGCAUCAUCGCCCGCAGCUGCUGUGGAUGGCGAUGGCGACGGCGAUGGGCGCGCCGUGCCCGUUGCCAUUGCCAAAGAUAACGCCAAUGUCCAUGCCGAUGAGGACGCAGAUGGCGCCACCGCGGUCUCUGUUUCGCCCAGCAAAUCACCUCAGAACUCGGCGCGCAGUCGCAGCCGCAGCCGAAGCAAUAGCCCAGAGCGAUUAUACAAUCAGGUGGCAGUCGAUCUUAAUAUUAGCCACGAGGAUCUCAGCGAUGUGAGCGACAUUGAUAUGGACAAGCAGGCAACGUCCAAGGACUCGACAAACGUCGAUGACGAUGAGGAGGGCGCCAUUUCCAAUGACUCGCUGCCCGCUGUCCAAGAUUCCCCCACACUCAAUGGCAAGGAUCGCAGCGAGGAGGACAAAUCUUCCAGCCAGCAAUCAACAGACGAUAAAAUGGAUCUGGAGGGCGCCAACGGCUUGGAUGAUCUGGUCAAGACUCACGACGACGAUGCGCUCGAUUUCGAGGCGGAGGAGGGCGAGUGUCCAGAAAUUAAGGAGACGGACGGCGAGGCGGAAGGCGCCGCGAAUGCGUCUGCCAAUGGCAAUGGGAAUGACGUGAAUAAAAAAGGCGGACAGGCAAAGUCGCCGCCAUCGAAGGCUGAUGAUGAUGAUGACGAUGAUGAUGGCAAAGUGGUGGAGCUGGACGGCGAUGGCGAGGUGGGUGAGGACGGUGAGGAGGACGAGGCGGCUGGUUCGGACAGUGCCAAAAAGAAGAAAAAGGAUGAGGAGCUGGAGGAAGGCGAGGUAUCCGAUGAGGAUGAGAAACGACCAGAGGAGACUGAGCCGAAGCCCGUCUGUCGUUUCUAUACGCGCGGCCAGUGCACCUGGGGCAUGAGCUGUCGCUUCCUGCAUCCGGGCGUCACCGACAAGGGCAACUACACAAUGUUCGAGAGCCUGGUGCGCUCCGUGCCGAUGCAAAGCAGCAGCGGGGCCAGCAGCUCCUCGCGAGUAGCCAGCGGCAGUGCCUAUAACAGUCACAUGGCAGGCGUCACGCCUGCCGGUGACUAUCACGAUUAUCGCAACGAACGUCCCGCUGCGCUGCAUCAUCGCAGCGCCGCCGGACUGCAUCAUGCCGGCAUUUAUGCGGCGGGCACCGGUGUCGCCGGGCAUCAUGAUGCGCGCAGCGGCCUGAUAAUGCCCGAGGUGCCGGUGGUGGUGGAGAAUGCCUGGGAGCGUGGCCUGCGCACCGCCAAGGAGAUGAUGCGCAAGGCGAACAAGCGCAAGGAGCAGGACAUGGACUUUGAGGAUAAGAAAAUGAAUCUAACCCUCUCGCCCGAUGAACUGGAAAAGGAUCCAUAUUAUCUCAAGGAGCGCGGCAGUUCACCCAGCGUUGUGCGCGAAUUGCCGCCCAAUAAUCCCAUCAGCCAUGGCAAUCCGCGCACCCUCCUGCCCUCGGUGUACACAAUGUACGCCCAGCCGCUAGAUCGAUACCGUUCCCCGUACAUGCCGCCCAUCCCAUACGAGGAUGUGGACGUUUAUGGUCGCAUGGCGCGCUAUCGGGAACUGCCGCCACAUCGAAUGCCACAGUACGAGGAUGAUCGACGAUUGCGGCCCGCACGCGAGGUAAUCGUUCAGCGUGUGGAGGCUGUUGGGCGCGGCGAUGAGUGGAGCGAUCCCUGGAUGCGCUCCAAAUCGAUUGGACGUGGUCCGUCGUACGAGCGCGACGACAGACGACGCCGCGAUCGCCGCAGCUACAGCAGUAACACAUCCUAUUCCAGCUCCAACAGCUCACAGAGCGAUUCCAGCUCUGAUUCAUCGCGCUCCAGCAGCGCCUCUGAACACAAGCGUCGCUAUGCGCACAAGCUGAUGACCGCCUCCGCAACGCGUCGCCACGCAGCCGGACGCGCCCGUUCGCCCAGCCAAAUACCGCGACGUCCCAGACGCACGUCCAAGGGCAGCGCCUCCUCUGCAUACAAGCGCACUGCGCUGGAGAAGCGCAGCGCCGGCGGCGGCGGCGGCGCACACAGUCCCGCCUCCAAGCGCAAGAAGCUUUCGCCGGCGCCCAAAAAGUUUGACAAAUUGAGUCGUCGUCGUCGUAGCUCCAGCUCAUCAGAUUCAGAUUCCUCAGAUACUUCGUAUUCGGAUUCGGAAUCGGGUUCCUCCUCAUCGGACAGCUCAUCGGGCUCGCACGAGACGCCACAGAAGCGUGUACGUGCCACAGACAAGGCGCUCAACGAGCGCAAACUAAUCAAAAAACCCACUGAACAAUCAACCAAGAAACGUUCACCCAUUUCCAUUGAGAUUAAGAAACCAUCGAACAUGGUGGGUGUGUCGGCGCUUGUGUCGCCAGCCAAUUCGCCAGACUCCGACAAGGAGAAGGACAAUGGCAAGGACAAGGAGAAGGAGAAAGACAAAGAGAAGGAUAAGGACAAGGACAAGGAUGGCAAGAAAUCGAGACGCGAGGAGCUGCUCAAACAGUUGCGCGCCGUCGAGGAUGCCAUUGCCAAGAAACGCUCCAAAUUGACCUGAUAACAGACGCACAUCCUCCCCUCAAAUCCCCUCAACGCAUCCGCAGCCGCACUUGCAGCACGCCCCACAGCCCCGCCGUGUCGCACACGCACACACAUUUGUGUGCUCGCCGCGUCUCUGUCCGGGUCUGGGAAACUGCAACUGCAACUGCAACUGUAACUGGAGUAGCAUUAGCAUGCAGUCUACGGCAAUAAGCAUCCAUAUAUAUAUAUAUAUAAACACUUAUGUGGUUUUACCUUACAUUCGCAUCGCUUGUCGAUAUUGUGUCGAUUGUCAGUUGAAAACAAACAAUUCAAUGCAUUUAGUUUUAAUAACCUCAUCAUUAUUUACACGCGCACACACAAC